AUGUCUGCGCCUCCAGGAUUCGGCGCGCCCCCGGGCUUCCAGCCCAAUGGCGAGUCCAGGAUGGAGGGCAAUUUCUUCGGAACGCUUUCGCCUGAAGAGAUCGAGAAGAAGGCCAAGAAGUGGAGGCAGUCCCAGAAGCGGAGAUUCAACGAGAAGCGCAGGAGGGGAGGCGGCGCGGGUAUCGACAUGGGCAAGGCUGACCUGCCUCCCGAGCACAUCCGUAAGAUUAUGAAGGAUCACGGCGACAUGUCGAACCGCAAGUUCCGCAACGACAAGCGCGCGCACCUCGGAGCGCUCAAGUACGUGCCGCACGCGGUUAUGAAGCUCCUCGAGAACAUCCCCAACCCUUGGGAGCAGGUUCGCGAGGUCAAGGUCCUGUACCACGUUUCUGGCGCGAUUACGUUCGUAAACGAGAUCCCCCGUGUUAUCGAGCCGGUGUACCAUGCGCAGUGGUCGUCGAUGUGGCUGGCGAUGCGUCGUGAGAAGCGUGAUCGUAGGCAUUUCAAGCGUAUGCGAUUCCCCCCAUUCGAUGACGAGGAGCAGCCGAUGGACUACGGCGACAACGUACUGGAUGUCGAGCCGCUCGAGGCGAUCCAGCUCGAGCUGGACGAGGACGACGAUAAGGAGAUCAUCGACUGGUUCUACGACCCGAGACCGCUCGUCGACACCCCGCAGGUGAACGGACCGAGCUACAGGUUCUACCAGGUCACCCUCCCGCAGAUGGCGAACUUGUACCGUAUCGGACGUCAGCUCACGAGCGAUUACUCGGACCGGAACGCCUUCUACCUCUUCGACAAGAAGGCGUUCUUCACAGCCAAGGCGCUCAACAUCGCUCUCCCGGGAGGACCGAAGUUUGAGCCGCUGUACCGCGACACUGACCCGUACGACGAGGACUGGAACGAGUUCAACGACAUCAACAAGGUCAUCAUCCGUGGUCUUAUCCGCUCCGAGUACAAGGUCGCGUACCCGCACCUGUACAACUCGCUCCCGCGAUCCGUCCACAUCGACCUCUACCACGAGCCGAAGAAUGUGUACAUCAAGACGGACGACCCCGAUCUCCCGGCGUUCUACUUUGACCCGAUGAUCAACCCGAUUUCGCAGCGUGUCGUGACUGAGGCUCACAAGGAGCUCGUCUCCCACGAGGACCGCGUGUUCGGCUACGGCAACGAAGAGGACGAUGACGAGUUUGAGCUCCCGGACGAGCUGGAGCCGUUCCUGGCGGAGAAGGAGCUUGAGAACGAGUACACGGCCGAUUCGAUUGCGCUGUACUGGGCGCCAUACCCGUACAACCAGCGCAGUGGACGCAUGCGCCGCGCCCAGGACGUCGCGAUGCUGAAGAACUUCUACCUGGAGCACUGCCCGCCUGACCAGCCGGUCAAGGUUCGUGUCUCCUACCAGAAGCUCCUCAAGGUCUACGUCCUGAACGAGCUGCACAAGAAGGGCCCGAAGGCGGGUCUGAAGCGUAACCUGUUCCGCUCGCUGAAGAACACAAAGUUCUUCCAGUCGACGACGCUGGACUGGGUGGAGGCCGGUCUCCAGGUGUGCAGGCAGGGAUACAACAUGCUCAACCUGCUCAUCCACCGCAAGAACCUCAACUACCUCCACCUCGACUACAACAUGAACCUGAAGCCGAUCAAGACUCUGACGACGAAGGAGCGCAAGAAGUCGCGAUUCGGAAACGCGUUCCACCUGAUCCGUGAAAUCCUCCGUCUCACGAAGCUCAUUGUCGACGCCCACGUCCAGUUCCGUCUCGGCAACGUCGACGCGUUCCAGCUCGCCGACGGUCUGCAGUACAUGUUCGCGCACGUCGGUCAGCUCACCGGAAUGUACCGUUACAAGUACAAGCUCAUGCGUCAAAUCCGUAUGACCAAGGACCUGAAGCACCUCAUCUACUACCGCUUCAACACCGGUCCGGUCGGCAAGGGUCCUGGUGUUGGUUUCUGGCAGCCCGGAUGGCGCGUGUGGCUCUUCUUCAUGCGCGGUAUCAUCCCGCUCCUGGAGCGCUGGCUCGGCAACUUGCUCGCCCGUCAAUUCGAGGGCCGAAACUCGAAGGGUCCGGCCUCGACUGUCACGAAGCAGCGUGUCGAGUCCCACUUCGACCUCGAGCUCCGUGCCGCCGUCAUGCACGACAUUCUCGACAUGAUGCCCGAGGGUAUCAAGCAGAACAAGGCCAAGACCAUUCUGCAGCAUCUCUCGGAGGCGUGGCGCUGUUGGAAGGCGAACAUCCCGUGGCGUGUGCCGGGAAUGCCUGCUGCGAUCGAGAACAUUAUCCUUCGUUACGUCAAGAGCAAGGCGGACUGGUGGACUUCGGUUGCGCAUUACAACCGUGAGCGUAUCCGUCGCGGUGCCACCGUCGACAAGGCUGUCGUGCGCAAGAACCUCGGUCGUCUCACCCGUCUCUACCUCAAGGCCGAGCAGGAGCGUCAGAACGCGUACCUCAAGGACGGACCCUACAUUUCGUCGGAGGAGGCUGUGGCGAUCUACACCUCCACCGUCCACUGGCUGGAGAGCCGCAAGUUUGCGCCGAUCCCCUUCCCGCCCCUCUCGUACAAGCACGACACCAAGCUGCUUGUGCUUGCGCUCGAGAAGCUGAAGGAGGCGUACAGCGUGCACGGUCGUCUGAAUCAGUCGCAGCGUGAAGAGCUUGCGCUGGUGGAGCAGGCUUACGACAACCCGCACGAGUGUCUUUCGCGUAUCAAGCGUCUUCUGCUGACGCAGCGUGCGUUUAAGGAGGCUGGUAUCGAGUUCUUCGACACGUACGAGAAGCUCAUUCCUUGCUACGACAUUGAGCCGGUUGAGAAGAUCACUGACGCGUACCUGGACCAGUUCCUGUGGUACGAGGCCGACAAGCGCCACCUGUUCCCGGCGUGGAUCAAACCUGCCGACUCGGAGCCUCCUCCUCUGCUGGUCUACAAGUGGUGCCAGGGAAUCAACAACCUGACCGACGUCUGGGACACGAGCGAGGGCGAAUGCGUCGUCAUGAUGCAGACGGUCCUCUCGAGGAUGUACGAGAAGGUAGACCUGACGCUUCUUAACCGUCUCCUCCGUCUCAUUCUCGACCACAACUUGGCCGACUACAUCACUGCGAAGAACAACAUGACCCUGACCUUCAAGGACAUGACGCACAUCAACGCGUACGGUCUGAUCCGUGGUCUCCAGUUCUCGAGCUUCGUCGUCCAGUACUACGGUCUCGUUCUCGACCUGCUCAUCCUCGGUCUGCAGCGCGCUUCCGAGAUGGCCGGACCGCCCCAGGCUCCCAACGGCUUCCUGCAGUACCGCGACCGUGCGACUGAGACUCGCCACCCGAUCCGCUUCUACUCGCGUUACAUCGACCGCAUCCACAUCCUGUUCCGCUUCACCGCCGAGGAGUCGCGCGACCUCAUCCAGCGCUUCCUGUCAGCGAACCCUGACCCGAACAACCAGAAUGUUGUUGGUUACAACACCGUCCGCUGCUGGCCUCGCGACUGCCGCAUGCGUCUCAACAAGCAUGAUGUCAACCUCGGACGCGCCGUGUUCUGGAACGUCAAGAACUCGCUGCCGCGCUCCCUCACGACGAUCGAGUGGGAGGACACCAUGUGCUCGGUCUACUCAAAGGACAACCCGCAGCUCCUCUUCUCGAUGUGUGGCUUCGAGGUGCGCAUCUUGCCCCGUUGCCGUACCGAGAACGGCGAGCAGUACUCGCUCGCCGACGGUUGCUGGAACCUUGUCCAGGAGAGCACCAAGGAGCGCACCGCGCAGGCGUUCCUGCGUGUGUCAGACCAGGGUAUCCAGGAGUUUAAUAACCGUAUCCGCCAGAUCCUCAUGUCGUCUGGAUCCGCCACGUUCUCCAAGAUUAUCAACAAGUGGAACACGGCUCUGAUCGGUCUCAUGACCUAUUACCGUGAGGCGGUCGUCACGACCCCCGAGCUUCUUGAUGCGCUCGUCAAGGCCGAGAACAAGGUCCAGACCCGUGUCAAGGUCGGUCUCAAUUCGAAGAUGCCGUCGCGUUUCCCGCCCGCAGUCUUCUACUCCCCCAAGGAGCUCGGUGGUCUCGGAAUGCUCUCGAUGGGCUUCGUCCUCAUCCCCACCUCUGAUCUGCGCUGGUCGAAACAGACUGACGGCGGCGGUAUCUCGCACUUCCGUUCCGGUAUGACGCACGAGACGGACCAGCUCAUCCCCAACCUGUACCGCUACAUCCAGCCUUGGGAGUCUGAGUUCCAUGACUCGGCCCGUGUCUGGACGGACUAUGCUCAGAAACGUGCCGAGGCCGCUGCUGCUAACCGUCGUCUUACGCUCGAGGACCUGGAGGACUCGUGGGACCGUGGAAUUCCCCGAAUUAACACGCUCUUCCAAAAGGAUCGCCACACUCUCGCUUACGACAAGGGAUGGCGAGUCCGAACCGCCUUCCAACAGUACCAUCGUCUGCGUGCAAACCCCUUCAGCUGGACGAACAAUCGCCACGACGGCAAGCUUUGGAACUUGAACUGUCGAGUGGACGUUAUCGCUGCUCUCGGUGGCGUCGAGGGUGUGUUGGAGCACUCGCUCUUCAAGGCGACCGGUUUCCCCAGUUGGGAGGGUCUCUUCUGGGAGAAGUCGUGUUUCGCACGCGGCACUCGCUUCAUCAAGUACGACCGCUCGGAGGUCGCUGUCGAGGACGUGAAGGAGGGCGACCAGCUUCUCGGACCGGACGGUACGCCGCGUCUCGUUAAGACCGGUACUUUGGUUCAGGGCACGGAGCGCCUCUACCGUUUCACCUUCCAAAAGGGCAGUCACGUGACCGCCAGCGACCUCGUGGUCACUCACAACCACAUCGUCUGUCUGCGCAGGACCUUUGAGGCGCUCAUCGAGGAUGUGGAGAUGACUGUCGACCAGUUCGUUGCUCUGUCCAAGGAGGAGCAGAAGUCGUACAGGAUGUACUACGCCGACGGCGUCGACUCUGGCAAGACAGAGCACCCCGACGAGUUCGUCAUUGAGAACGUCAAGCUUGAGGACGAGGCGAGCGAGUGGUUCGGUUUCAAGGUUGACGGCGACCACAAGUUCCUGCGUCACGACUUCCUCGUCGUGCACAACUCCGGCUUCGAGGAAUCGAUGAAGUUCAAGAAGUUGACGAACGCUCAAAGAUUCCCAACCGUCGUUUCACCCUCUGGCCGGGCGAACAUCUAUAUUGGCUUUCAAGUUCAGCUGGAUCUUACGGGAUGCUUUAUGCACGGAAAGCUGCCGACUUUGAAGAUCUUCCGUGCGCACUUGUGGCAGAAGAUCCACGAGUCUGUCGUCAUGGACCUGUGUCAGGUCCUCGACCAGCAAAUGGAGGCGCUCGGCAUCGAGUCCGUGCAGAAGGAAACGAUUCACCCGCGCAAAUCGUACAAGAUGAACUCCUCGGCGUCGGAUAUCCUUCUUUUCGCCUCACACAAGUUCAUGAUCACGCGCCCGUCGCUCCUCAACGACAACCGCGACACCCACGACGGCACGACAUCCAACAAGUUCUGGAUUGACGUUCAGCUCCGUUGGGGUGACUUCGACUCGCACGACAUCGAGCGUUACGCCCGUGCCAAGUACCUCGACUACUCGAGCGACUCACAGUCGAUCUACCCGUCGCCCACCGGUACUCUGAUUGCCAUUGACCUGGCCUACAACAUCUAUGCCGGUUACGGUACUUGGUUCACUGGUCUCAAGAAGCUCAUGCAGGAGGCCAUGGCCAAGAUCAUGAAGGCGAACCCUGCGCUUUAUGUCCUGCGUGAGCGUAUCCGCAAGGCUCUCCAGCUCUACUCUUCGGAGCCGACCGAGCCGUACCUCAACUCGUCGAACUACUCCGAGCUGUUCUCUAACCAGGUCAUCUGGUUCGUCGACGACACCAACGUGUACCGUGUCACGAUCCACAAGACCUUCGAGGGUAACCUUACGACCAAGCCGAUCAACGGUGCGAUUUUCAUUUUCAACCCUCGCACCGGACAGCUCUUCCUUAAGAUCAUUCACACCUCGGUGUGGGCCGGUCAGAAGCGUCUCGGUCAGCUCGCCAAGUGGAAGACGGCCGAGGAGGUCGCAGCGCUUAUCCGUUCGCUUCCCGUCGAGGAGCAGCCCAAGCAGAUCGUCGUUACCCGUAAGGGUAUGCUUGACCCUCUUGAGGUGCACCUGCUCGACUUCCCCAACAUCGUCAUCAAGGGUUCCGAGCUGCAGCUGCCCUUCCAGGCUACGCUCAAGCUCGAGAAGUUCGGUGACCUUAUCCUCAAGGCAUCGCAGCCUCAGCUCGUCCUCUUCAACCUGUACGACGACUGGCUCAAGAGCAUCUCGAGUUACACCGCGUUCUCGCGUCUCAUUCUUAUCCUUCGUGCGCUCCAUGUCAACAACGAGAAGGCCAAGAUCAUUCUGCGACCCGACCGCAACACUGUCACUGAGUCGUACCACAUCUGGCCUACGCUUUCGGACGAGGAGUGGAUGAAGGUCGAAGUCGCUCUGAAGGACGUCAUUCUUACCGACUUCGGCAAGCGCAACAGCGUCAACGUCGCUUCGCUCACCGCCUCGGAGAUUCGUGACAUCAUCCUUGGUAUGGAGAUCCAGGCUCCUUCGAUCCAGCGUCAGCAGAUGGCCGAGAUCGACAAGAGCGCCGACGCUAGCGCCCAGGUCACUGCCGUCCAGACGCAGACGACCAACAUCCACGGUGACGUUAUCCAGACUGUCACCUCGACGCAGUACGAGCAGCAGACAUUUGCGUCCAAGUCCGACUGGCGUGUGCGUGCCAUCUCCGCCACCAACCUGCCUCUCCGUUGCAACCACCUUUACGUUGGCAACGACGAGGUCAAGGACGAGGCUGGCAGCUACACGUACAUCCUGCCUAAGAACGUCCUCCGCACGUUCGUCGUCUCGGCCGAUCUCCGUACUCAGGUCGUCGGCUACCUCUUCGGCUCCUCGCCGCCGGACAACAAGCAGGUCAAGGAGAUCAAGGCCAUUGCUUGGAUCCCUCAGCGCGGCACCGCCAACGGUGUUGACCUCCCCCUUGCCCUGCCCAAGCACGAGUUCCUCCUCAAGGACCUCGAGCCCCUGGGAUGGAUCAAGACCCAGAGCCAGGAGCUCAACCACCUCUCGCCCGCCGACCUCACGACGCAGGCGAAGAUCAUGGCCGCGAACCCGUCCUGGGGACCGAACUCGAUCUGCAUCACGGCCGCAUUCACCCCCGGUUCCGUGUCGUUGAACGCGUGGGAGCUCACGGUGUCCGGCUUCGAAUGGGGCCGCAAGAACGAGGACGUCGUCGCCAACUCGGGCUUCAACCCGAGCAUGGCCAACCGUGUCCAGCUCCUGCUGUCCGACCGCAUUCUCGGCUCCACCCUCGUCCCCGAGGGCGGUGUCUGGAACUACGGUGUCGGCCUGACCCAGUCGUGGUCGGACAAGAUUGCCUACACCAUGACGCUGGACAAGCCUCAGCCCUUCUGGGCGCCUAUCCACCGUCCGUCGGCGUUCCUCAACUUUGCCUCGCUGGAGGGAGGCGACGAUGCGGCGGACGUUGAGAACGCGCUGGAGUAA